CUGGCGCGGGCGCGGGCCUCUGAGGUGAGGAGGCAGCGGCGGCGGCGGCGGCGUAGACAGGCCGGACGGGGCGGAGGUCUGGCCGGACGGGAGCCGCGUUGACGUCGUCGCCCGUGAGAGAGAGCGAGAGAGAGAGAAGGAAGAGAGGCCAAGGAGGGAAGCGGACAGGGCCUUCCCUCGGCUCAGCCUGGGCUGCACACGGCGGCUGGGCCGGGCUUGGCGGCGCUCCGCCCCGCGGCCUGCCUGCCGCCGCCGCUCCUCCUCCUCCUGCUGCUGCUGCUGCUGCCGCCCUGCGCCGCUGCUGAGGGCCGUCGGGGAAGUCCUCCGCUGCUGAGGGGCCGCCGGAGCCGAGCUGGGCAGGGAGCGCCGCCGCCGCCGCCGUCAUGUCGGGCCAGUCGAUUACCGACCGGAUCACGGCGGCGCAGCACAGCGUCACCGGCUCGGCCAUCGCUAAGGCCGUCUGCAAGGCCACCACCCACGAAGUCAUGGGCCCCAAGAAGAAGCACCUCGACUAUUUAAUUCAAUGCACAAAUGAGAUGAAUGUGAAUAUUCCACAGUUAGCAGAUACGCUUUUUGAGAGGACGGCAAACAGUAGCUGGGUAGUAGUAUUCAAAGCUCUAAUUACAACGCACCACCUCAUGAUGUAUGGAAAUGAGCGCUUUAUUCAAUACUUGGCAUCUCGAAAUACAUUAUUUAAUCUCAACAACUAUCUGGAUAAAAGUGCCAUGCAGGGCUAUGAUAUGUCUACAUUCAUCAGACGAUAUAGCAGAUACUUGAAUGAAAAAGCACUUUCUUAUAGACUUGUAGCAGUUGAUUUCACCAAAAUGAAAAGAGGGAUUGAUGGUGUGAUGAGGACAAUGAAUACUGAAAAACUUUUGAAAACCCUGCCAAUUAUUCAGAAUCAGUUGGAUGCACUUCUUGAUUUUGAUGCAAACCCAAAUGAACUAACCAAUGGAGUAAUCAAUGCUGCCUUCAUGCUCCUCUUUAAAGAUUCCAUUAGGCUUUUUGCAGCCUAUAACGAGGGGAUCAUUAACCUACUAGAAAAAUAUUUUGAUAUGAAGAAGAACCAGUGCAAAGAAGGUCUGGAUAUUUACAAAAAGUUUUUAGCCAGAAUGACCAAACUAUCAGAAUUCCUCAAAGUGGCAGAGCAAGUUGGAAUUGAUCAGGGUGACAUUCCAGAUCUUACUCAGGCUCCCAGCAGUCUGCUUGAAGCCCUGGAGCAGCAUCUGGCUUCUUUGGAAGGAAAGAAGACCAAAGAAGUUUCAGCUGCCAGCAGAGCAAGUACUCUCUCCAGUGCUGUUUCCACCCUGGCUAACACAGGAAUGUCCUUCAGUAAAAUGGAUGAAAGAGAGAAACAGCAGGCUCUGGAGGAAGAGCAAGCUAGACUGCAGGCUCUGAAGGAACAACGAUUGAGGGAGAUUUCUGUCGUUUCCAAUUCUACUUCUACUUCUGCUUCUCCAAGCACUUUAUCAGGAAAGAGCGUGAACACCAAUCCUGCCGUUGACCUCUUUGCAGCCCCCGCCCCAACUACCAAUAGCAUGCCCAACCUUUCUACCGAUCUCUUCGAUCUUCAACCUGCAUUUGUUCCUACGGUACAAAGUACUCCAGCUAUAGCAACGUCAGCAAGCAGUGCCUGGGGAGGACAUUUCUCAUCCACAAAUGGUUGUGUUGGGUCUCCACCCCAUCUGGAUGUCUUUGAUAUGAAACCGGUUGAAGAAGCUGUAAAAAGUACAACUCCUUUUGUGAGCUCCACCUUUGGCUCCAAACAAACAGUGGAACUAUUUAGUGGCUACCCUCUUCAUUCUGCAUCACAGAAAACAACCUCUUCAACAAUCAAUGUGGACUUUGAUGCUGUAUUUGGUGGAAAAUCAACUAUAAAUGAUUUUGGAACUACAGCAGAUGAUGUAUUACAACCAACAGUAGCUGCACAAAAUCAGAGAGGAAAUGUAAUUGGGCAACAAAGUGGGAGGAUUUUGGCCAAUGACCUUGACUCGUCACUUGCUAAUCUAGUAGGAAAUCUUGGAUUUGGAGGGACACCACCCAAAAAAUCUGAUAUGCAGUGGAAUCAGCCUACAGAGAAGAAACUUACUGGGGGUAACAAUUGGCAAGCAAAAACGAGCACCUCAACUACGUGGAACACCGUUCCUGUACCACCUGCUCCACAGAUGGUACCUGCUCCAGUAACCUACCCAGUAAAUACACCUCAAGUGCCUGUGUAUGGAAUGGUACCUACGCAGAUUGGAACUGCCCCUAUUAUGACACCUCAGCCCAUGAUUUAUACCCAGACCGGUCUAAGGCCAAACAAUCCUUUUGCACCUAUCUCUGGAACACAGAUUCAAUUUAUGUAGAUCUGCCAAAACAACGAGACUCUUUGACAACCAAAUUGGUACAGAGAAGAUGAAACUUUUAGACUGCAGCCUUUGCCAGAGCUCAUACUUGCUCCGCGUAUACUAUAAAAUUACUUUUAAUUGCUGUGCUUUAGAGAUUCUUUUUAUAACAGUCUCUAUGGUCUAAAAUCAUGUGUGGGUUUGGAUGGGGUUAAGACUGUUUUCCACAAGAAGUUUUAAGUAUUUUGAAACUAAAGGUCAUCCAGGUUCAAAAACUUUUUGUUGCUUUUAAAGACAAGCUUACUUAGGAAUCCUUGGGAGGAUUUGUUUUUUUUAAAUUUUGAGCCUGUAAUAAGCAAGUGGACAGCCUCAAACGUCUAUUUAUUUUCUCCUUGAAACUUGGUGGCUGAUGUAAUCAUGGGCACUAUAGAGCAAAGUUGAGCAAUAAACAUUUUAGAUCCUCUGAAGGACGACCCAAAACAGUCAAUCCUCGGACAGGAGUAAAUCCUGUAUUAUGAGAAAAGCUGGUUAUCUUGGGAAACCAACUGUUUUUCCUCAUAUUAGGCUGGCUUCUUCUGAUUCAUAGAUAUUAUACUGUGAACUUUCAAAUGCUGUGAAUCAACUUUAAUUAAACGGGCCAUUAGCAUUCAUUGAAUUGGCCAUUAAUGGAAAACGAAUUAAUUGGCAUUCAAGCAGAGGGAUUGUUUGGCCCAUCUGUAGGGUUACACUUGGGCCCGGGGGUGCUGGAACAGCAUAUUACUGAGCAGUGUGUGGGGUUCUGGUGUGAAUGGCAACAGCUGCAAUACUUUAUACGAGUAGCAAUGUUUCUGACUCUGGUGAGAGUUGACUUCUAUCCUGGCUAAACAAAAAACCAGUAAAUGGUCAGCCAGAAGUUGUAAAUCUGAGAGGUUGCUUGUCCUGAGAGGGGCAUCACAUAUAAAUCAUUGUGUUUCAUCAUGUUCUGUGGUGCACUUUAAGAACUGGAAAGGUGGAUUUCUGAACGGUCCAUCCAUGGCAUAGCCUAGUUUUUGUCAACAAGGGAGACAAGGAAAAGAUGCCCAUAAGGUAACGUUUUUUAGAAGAAAGAAUUGUAAAUAAUGUGUAAACCUUUAAGGGACAGAAUUUCUCCAGAAUAGCAGGAAUUUUUUGUUGUUGUUUAUCUUUGUAACAUUCAAAAUAUGAAUAUUUACUGCUUAAAAGAUAUACAGCUCCAAAUUUCUUUGGUAUUGAAAAGCUCAAAUUAUUGUUCCUAAAAUAUGUGAGAUGUUACUGCAGUUUAGGAGAUCGUAUGUAAUGUGAUGAUACAGCUUGAUGGUCCAUAAUUUUCAACUCUCCUCCAAAACUGGCGGUGGUGGUGGUGAUGAUAACAAUAACAAUAAUGAUAGAUUAAACAGUACCAUGAGAAUUGACCCAGCUGGUUCAGCAUGUAUUUUUCAGGGGGAAUUGCAAAAAAAAAAAAAAAGGAUUUAAAAUCCCUUUUUAAAAUCAAAGAAGAGUUUUAAUGAAUAGAAGAGUUUCCUCCUUUAUCACUGCCAGCCUUCUGGUGUUAGGCCCGUUACCCCAGCAAUAACAGGACAGAGGAUAUCAAAUAAUGCUUAGUGUGGUUUUUCUUUCAUAGAAUUUCCCCUAACUUGGCCACAUAUUCUUAAGAUAAGGCAAUUGAUCUUGCUCUUUCAAGCAUUUGCCAAAUUAUGGGUUUUGUUCCUAGGAAAAAGGGAUUUAACAGCAACUACAAAGGAAAAAAAAACAUUUUUGCAGAUCAGAAUGUCAAAUUCAGAAAACCAUUUUUUUCUCUAUAUGUGUCUUUUGUGUUUGUUAUUAUUGUGCCAAGAAUGUAAAAAAAAAAAAAAGCCUGCUUCAAAAAGGAUAUACUUGUUUUGUCAAGCUAAACAUGAUUUUUUAAGGGAAAGAAUCAUUUUUACAUAUGUGUUUGCAAUUUGUAACCACUAACUUUGUAUGGAUUAAAUGUGCAAGUGGAAAAAAAUGUUUUAGACCAAAUCUUCGACAUGUACUGACAAAGACGUAAACUGGAUGCAUGUAAUUAAAUGUGGAAAGUGAAUUUUCAAGGGCUUUUGACUUUACUGUAUUCUCCAGAUUUGCCCCAAACCAGUAUUUAUUUUGACCCUGUAUAAGCUGGAGCAAUUUAUUUGUGGGAUUUGUUUGAACUGAUAUUUUCAUGCAUUAAUUUAACUAAUCCUCAUAUAAGAUUGUAUAAACUCGCCUUCCCAUUGAUUUUCACUCUUUCAAUCCAGUUUAGACCAGUACAUGUGUUUUAAAUAAUAUAGGUUUUAUAAUUAGAAAUAUUUUAUCACAGACAUUGUGAUCAUGUAAACCAUAAUAUAAACAGCAAGCUUUUUAACUCCCAGAGAUUAUUGUCUAAUCAUGGAAUUUUAAUGAUGUUUAAUUUAUUACAUUUACUGGCUGCAAUUUUACAGCAAGGAACAUCUUGCAAUAUCCAUCUCAUCACAGAGAGAGAAAGAGAGACAACUCUCCAGAUGAAAGUAUGUUAUGUUAUUGCUUGAUAUAAUAUGUGUACUUACUGAUUUUAUUGUAAUUAUAGUAACUCAAAAUAAUAACCACAAUGUUCCCAUUGCAACAUAUUGAUGUAUAAAAUUUCUGAUAUUUACAAAUUCUUCCUUCUAUUUCAUGUCCAGCACAGUUCAUAAAAAUAGACUUUAAUUUCUCUGUAGCUUAAGGUACUUGCAGCUCAGCAUGUUCUGAACAUGCACAACCUCCUGUGCCUGCAAAACCUUUAACCAGUUCACACACAACCAGUAACAACCUCUUUCUCAGAUUGUAUUCUCCUUACACCUCUCCACAGUGAUUUUCUAAAUAAACAUGGUGUCCACUUGACCCUGUGAAUAACACCGUCCGUGAGCUGCAGUUGACAACAUGAUGAUGUGCUUUUACGCCUUUGAACUGUGUGAUUUCUAUCAGGAUUUCAUCCCAUCUUUAACAGGUUUAAUUUGAGGCUUCUAUUUUUAUCAUAUCCAAAUCCUGGAUGUGAUUAUAUUUUAGCUGAUUUUAGACAGUAAGCAGUUUUGCUUUUAUUCUGUCAAGCAGUGGUUUCCGAACCUCAGCUGUCCCUAGCUGUGUAUCAGCUGUAAAUAUUAGCUUUGAAAUUGGAAGUAAUCUCUAGUAUGUAGUUCUCUGGGUGAUGUUUAAAUAAUAUUGCUUAGUUACCAGACCUUUAAUUAGACAAGGUGAAAGUUGUCUGUUAUCUCCUGACCAGCCACUGUGUCCCAAAAUUGGUCCCUCCCAAUAAACUGGCAUAAGAGAGGAGAGUGAUAAAAUUGGCAUCAGGGCACCAGGGCCUGGGUGGUAGUACUUACGACUGCACUGAAGAGCUGACUCUGCAGGACAGGAAUUGUGUUUAUAGAACAGUUUCUGCAUAGAAAAAUUGGAAUCUUCCUGUCUUCCUGAUGGUGGGUGCAGCAUUACGAUUUCUUGCUGCAAGAUUGCAAGAUCUUUUUUUAAAAAAAAAAACAGACCUGAGUAAGUGGUCUAUGUUAAUUUUAUUGCAAGUGUUUUUGCACCUGCCACAGUUGGAAUUUUCUGUCUUCAUGCCAGAAAUUACCAUUGUACAGGCAACUGUACCAUUUUCAACUUCCAGUUGGCUAAAGGUUGUUUACAGUGAUUUUAGUGUUGUUAUAGUUAAAUGGUCUUGACACGUUGGACAGUAAGUGUAUAUGUUGUGCAUACUUAAAACAGUCCCCUCUCCCCGAUUUUAUAUAUUUAUUUAUAGAUCAAGGUGAACUUCCCAGAAUGUUAUCAAUCAACUGUAUCCCAGCUAAAUCCAGGAACACUCCAGUCUGAGACUUCAGCACAUGAACUGUAACACACCUGAUUUCAUAUGCCUUAGGUUAUCAUUAGGGCUGUACAGGCCUUCAGGAAUAAAUCCCAGUAGGUGCUUCGGUGCACAAAUGCAACCCCUGGCUGCAACUCGGUAGAGCACUUGAGUUUGCAGGAUUGUGUGGUGGCUCUUGCUCAGGCCUCAGGAAAAGACGCCGCUGCUUUAAAGAGGGACCAGGAAGUUCCAUCUUUGUGUUCCUGUGUGCUCCACAGUAAUGAAGUAUAUAAAAAUAAUAAUAAAUUUAAGGAGAAAAAUCAUGUUCAAAAUUGGCAUUUGCCUAUCCAGUAUUUGAACACGUACUUGUAAAUAUACUGGUGAUUCUAAAGAACAGUAAUGUAAUGAAUGUAAUAUUUCACCCAUUAACAUUUUUACUGCAAAUGUUUCUACUUCUCAAAUGUUUGCUAUAAGAGAGGAUGCUUCCCAUUACAAUGUUCUUUUUAGAUCAGUGAUGAAUUUAAAGUUUCUAUUUAAAGAAAAAAGAAAAACCAACCCAAAUUAAGAUGAAUGUGCCUGUUUUCUGCCACCUAUUAUUAUUUACUGGGAAAUCAGCCCAGUUAAGUCCAGCAGGACUUGUUUGCAAGUAAUCUCAAUCUGAAAUUGGGACGUCCUGGGUUUAGCUGUCAAUACUGCUUUUAUGAUUUGCCAAAAUUAAGAUAGCAGAACAAAACGAACUGCAGAUAUUCAGAGAUGAUGUUUAUCAAAAGAAAAGGAGGUCUGUGUAUUGCACACACACACAUUAAUAAGGUUUUGUAUGUCAACGUCAUUUCUUGUUUCCCCCUUACAAUACUAACAAAACAUUUGGGUUUUGAUUUUUUCCAAGAGAAGCAGGAUGGAUCUGAAGAUGGCCAGAUGCUUGUUUGGAACCUUUCCACAGCCGCAGCUCCAUGUUAAGCUGUUAGGCAGAGCUGGGGACAGUUGGGCUGCUGCCUGGCUUUUAGGAAGUUGAGUGAGAUUCUAGAAAAUGCUGCUGAGCACCCUAGUGUGUACCAUGCACAGUGGCAACACCUCUCAUAGGAUGGUGGGCAUGUAUAUGGUCUUAUAGUCAACCUUAAAAUGGCAUCCAGAAAUGAAGUGGCCUUCCCUCCCGUCUCCCUGGGCCAUCUUCUAAAUACCUUUGCCCACUUCCCCAACAGUUGUUCUUUGAUGCUAGAAAUCAACUUGGUGUAGAGAAACAUCCUUGCAGCUGGUUUCAAUACUGACAUUUGCCCAGUACUAACAUUUUGGAGCAAAGCCCUGUCUGUGUCUCCUGAUUGGCCUAUGGCAUGUUGGCAUCCCAGUCAGACUCUCCUUCUCAUCCCAUUGCUGGCCCUAAAUGGGAAAGCUGGAUUUUGUCAUACUUGAAAAAGUCUGUUCCGAAUUGAAGGUUCCUCUUUCUAAAUAAUACAUUUUACAAAGAACAAUAAAUAUUUUUAGUCCUCUGUAUAUAGUAAGGAUAAGUACCAUUUUUUAAGGCAAGACUAUUUGAGGGUGUGUGUGUUGAAAUAUUAUCUUUAAAAUUGAAUACAGGGUGUACAGAAUCUGAUUUUGUUUUGCUUUUUUGGUUUGUUUUGCUCUUUUUUUCAGGUGUGGUUUGAGAAUUUGUUGGGAUAUCAGCUUUUAAGUAGAACGCACUGUGGAUCAGUGCUUUUAUUUGUAAUGAAAGGGAAUCCUUUUUUCCUCAAGUAGUCUACAUUUUGUGGAUAAUGCUGAAAUGCUUUGUGUACUGCUUGCUUAUUUCCAUUCUAAAGAUUAUAUUUUUGAGUUAGAGAAACUACAUGUUUUCACUGCAGUUUCUAGAAAAUGUUUAGAAAUAGAAAGGUUGCAUCUGAUUCUGGUGUACUCUGACUUCUUGAUGGUCAGGUACAGAUUGAAAAAUGUAUUGUGUCAUUCAAUUUUCUCUAAGGGUGUCUGACACUCAUUUUAAAUUUGUAAUAACUGGUGCAGCCUCUCUUCUCCCUUUGUCCCAGCCUUUCACAGAUGUUUCUGUAGUAUUCUCCAAAACUGAUAAAUCUUUGGAUGUAUUUGUGUAUCCAAUGGUUGUAGGGUUUAGAGCAGGGGUGGGCAACUAUGGCCCCUUUAUGACCUGUGGACUUCAACUCCCAGAAUUCCUGAUCCAGUGCAGGAAUUUUGUCACUCUGAUCUCUCCCCCCCCCCCCCCCGCCACAAGUGUUUCUUCCAGUUUAGCUAAGCUUUAAAGCAGAUUUUAGGCCACGUGUAGAAUUGGACUCAGAUUAUAGUAAUGACAUUUGAAUCCUGCAGAGAAAGAUGGCAGUGUGAUUCCCAUUCAAACAGGUAAGAGUGCAAUGAAAGUAGUUUAGUCUUGAUCUAACUCACCAGGCUGAAUUAGUGGAGCACAUGCCCAUCGGCAAGCUUGCAGUGAGGAGCUUUUGAAUAGUCUUCCAAGAUGAUGCUACUUCCCAGCAUCCUUUACUGCUACUCAUACAGAGCUGGGGGCUGCUGUUGAGCACUAUGUUCACAUGGGAAGGCAGGGACAGGUUUGGGGUUUGGCGUGUGUCUGGCAGUGGACUUCUGUUUGAGCCUCUCUAUCUAGAAUAAAUGUUUCUCAACCACUAGUAACUUGUGUGGACUUCAGCUCCCAGAAUUUUCCAGUCAGACAACUGCCUGGGGAGUUCUGGGGGUUGCAGUCUAUAGACAUCUUAAAGUUUGCCAUGGUUGAGAAACACUGGUCCAGAUGGUUAAUUAGCAGAGUUGGAAGGGCAAAGGGAAAUAAUCAAGGACACAUUUCCUACUUUCAUUUUUAAACAGUUGUCAGGUAGAACAGGGUGUGGAUCAAAAUACUGAUAUGCAGUGAGGAGGGUAAGACAUGCCCCACAGAAAACCUUCUCAAAAGGGGGAAAAAAUCUGUGCCAAAAGAUGAAGACCCCUUGAGUCAUUCUUAGCUCCUGAAGAUUAAGUGGACAUUUUGUGAUAGCUUUGUGGAAGUGUUUUGUGGCUGCCUAAUUUGGAUGUGUUGUAUGUGUAACUUCCUAUCUACAGCCUGGCUGAUUUUAAUUCUAAUUUCUAGUUGGUACAUCCAAAUACUGAUCCUAAGGUUUUUUGUUUUUUUUAGUUCAGCUAAGAUUGGCUAGGUACUGAUUCUGUUGUGAAACCCCCAAGUUUGCCAAAAGCAUCAGAGUUCCCUGUAUAAAUAGCAGUAUUUAGGAAAGGGUUGCAGCUCUGCCCCUAAACACCCCCUCCCCCCCCCUUUUUAAGAAGCACAUAAAAUGCAACUCAUAUUUCUCAUGGUGUCUAUAGUUUGUGGGGCCUUUUUUUGUUAAAGAGCCAGGAAAAGUGAGCUAAAUCAAUCUCACAGCUACAGCUGGUGGAAAACCCCUUCUGUGCUUGUCUCGGUGCCAGACAAACUCCCUGCAAAAGUAGAUUGGCACAGCCAAGGAGAGAACGUUGCCUGUCAUUUCUGUCCGUGAACUUGGUGAGCCAAUGACACACAUCCAAUAUUGGUGGAAGCAGGGUAAAUUGUGGCAAAUUGUCCAUCUUGUAAUUCUAGCUAACCUGUGAGCCAUUGUUUUACAAAGUAUGUAUCUGUACCACCAAUACAAUUACUUUGGUUGUGACAAACCUGGAAAUACAGGUAAAGAUACUUUGUAAGUAAAGCCUGCAAUUUGAGGUCUCCUUGCUACCCUACAGCUCUUUCCUAUAGGAAGCCAAUGAUAUUCAGAAAAAAUACCCAACUGUUGAGUAUAAAGGCAGUAAGUGGAAAACCUUACAUAAGAUUUUUGUUUUGGUUCUCCAAAAUGCAUAUUUUUUAGAAUUCAAAAGGCCAGCAGUAGUUGCAAUAUUACUUGGGUAACGGAUGAUAAAGUUAUUGUAUGUUGUCUGAGUAUCUCUAGCCAAAUAACAAAAUGUUCAACUAGAAUAUGAUAGAAAUGUACGGUUAUUCACACCAAUUUCUUUCAUUCAUUAACUGAAAUUAUGAACUUCAUACAGUAGUUCUAGUGAAAGCAACUUGAACCAUUUAGUUGUAAAUUGCUAUUUACCAGGAUCGAUACUUGUAUGUAGAUCUUAUUUGAAGUAAUUGUAAGCCUAAAAUCCAAGUACAAUUAAAAUUCCAAGAUGUUUUUUUGUGUCAGUAAGGCACUAUUGAAGGAAUGUAACCUUUAUUUUGAAAAUGCUUAAUGAAUUUCUGCAAAAGUGUUUGUAUUUUUUCAUAUUUGAAAUGUUUUUCUAAGUUGACAUUUUUGUUCAACAUUUGAAAUAUAAUUAAGUAUAUUGUGAUUUUCUGUUUGUACUUCUCAAAGUAUUUAUUUUGUCCAGCUCAUGUUAGAUUGCAAAAGUGUUGGAGGACACAUCUAGCCAUCACAAACUUUCAGUUUAAGCACCACCCCACCCCCAAAUAUUUUUCUGAAAUAUUUUGUUUGCCAUGUUAACACUUCAAAGAUUCUGGCGCUAACUGGCUUGACAGCAUAUAAAACAAAGAAGUGGUUGAGACUAUUGUAUAGACUCCAUUUUGUUAAAGAAACAGGUUUUGGAAAAUAAACUUUGGCACAAAGU